AUGGCUGAGGUUAGCGACGGGAGUGCAGAAGUGAAGAAAAACAGCGGUUUGGAGGUUGACGAAGAUGAGAUCACAUUCAGUGACAAGGUUGCGCAGGCAAUCGACGGUAUCGGACGCAGCGAACUGUGCCGUGCAGACGUGGACGUCAUCGACCAGAUCAAUCGGCUAUUUCCAACGGAGCAGUCGUUGUCGCAGCUGGACACGGUGAUGCGUUCCAUCGAGGACGAGAUUGUUGGCUUGGAUUCUCAACUUGCCGAGCUGGUCGAAACGCAUGGCGAAGCGGGCAUCGAAGGAGAUCAGGCUCUGUGCGAGGCUCAUUCGUCAAUGGAGGAGUUGGAGGAGCGCGUUCGAGCAAUUUGCUUGAAAACACAAUCCUCGGAGAGUGUCGUACAGGAGAUGACACGCGAUAUCAAGCAGUUGGAUCAUCGCUACGGUGAUAUUGCGUCGCAAUUGCCGGCCGUUUUAAAUGUUCUGCAGCUUUUUGGCCCGUACAUGGAGGUGGAGCACAUAAAAAGUGUGGCUGAACAGUUGGAGCGAUUGAAACAACGGCUAGCCAUUCAGCUUGUUGCCGACCUCAAGCGAUCAUUUCAGGCAUCUUUUUCAGUCUUUCAUUUGCUUGGAUCACUGGGCCAUCGUUAUGGGGGGCUAUAA